AUGAAUCUUUUUUUCCACCACACACAAUCUUUAUCAUCUGUGAAAUUCAGCCCUUGUGGAGAAUGGCUGGCCAGUUUAUAUGACAAGACACUGAAGAUAUGGGAAAUGAGAGUAAAAUGUCUGAAGACACUGAAAGGUUACAGAAAUUAUGUCUUCUGUUGUAAUUUCAACCCACAGUCAAAUCUUGUUGUUUCAGGAUGUUUUGAUGAGUGCGUCCGAAUUUGGGAUGUAAAAACUAGGAAGUGUCUUAAGACCCUGCCAGCCCACUCUGACCCUGUCUCAGCAGUUCACUUCAACAGAGAUGGCUCUCUAAUAGUAUUCAGUAGCUAUGAUGGUUUGGUUUAUGGUGUAGUUAUCUCGACAGCUUGCCACCCUACAGAGAACAUCAUUGCCUCUGCACCCCCUGCAGAAAGACAAGACCAUCAAACUGUGGAGGAUUGA